GAUAGACAUCGCUAUUGACGCUCAAGCAUGACUCGCAAGCGGCAGAUCUGGCGGCCAGCCGGCCGGCAGCAAGGUACUGAAGCCAUUGAUGGUGCAUUCUUUCGGCUGUUGCUGAUGCAUCUCAUUUCCUGCAGGUGGCGCCCUCGCUGAAGCCGCUUCGUCGUCUGCUGAUGGCGAUUGUGCCGCUGAUGGCGGUACGGAGGAUAGCGAGGCUGCCGCGGCCGUUUUCAAGGUACAUGAUCACAAGCAGCAGCAUCCAAUGUGUUGUCCAGUCGUCCUUCUUUGGUUCGUUUGGGUGCUGCUGAACGACAGGCCAUUCGGAUGCAGGGCUGGUUCGGUAUCUCUGUGGUACGUAAGAAUGCAACGACAAACAAAUGGCUCAAGCGGAGGUGGCAGAUGCAUUCAUUCUUUUGUGUUUGCCGUCCGUGUGUGCGCAGCCUCGAGAGCUCCACGUCGACGUCUAUGCAUUCGUCAAUCCCAUAUGGUGUCUGAAGCCGCCCCUGCCCUCCCCACUCAGCGGCGUCGUCCUGCAGCACCACACCGAGCUCGUCAUCGACUACAGCAUCACUCGGCAGCGGAGAUUCUGGAGCAGCAUGGCGCCGCAGACGGCAUACGAACUCGGCCAACAGAUGAUCAACCUCACAUGUCUCGUCCAUCGGAUUCCGCGGACACCUGAUGGGGCAGAGGGGACCGAAGAUGGCUACUUGGGGCACGGUGCGUUUGCUUGGUGCCUUGGGGUCGUCAUCGCACUCGUCGAGGGCCAUGCGGCGGGACGGCAGGCGGCGCGCGACAAGGAGGGACCAGCCACCGGCAUGCCCGAGGGCUCGCUCAAGUCACUGAGCUUCGAGCCGGUGGUGUGUCCCAACACCGGACGAGACGAGAUCAACCAGCUUAACAAUACCAAUGCCAACCCCCCGGCUGCCGCCCCUUCUCAAGCCAUCAACCUGCCGGCACUCACCGAGGCCAGCGGGGUCCACAUCGCCCACUCGGUCAUCGAUGGGCGGGGAUGGGCCAUGCCAGCGAUCAAGUGUGUGUCUGCACCGUUGUCCGACGAGAUAGCGCCCAUCAGGCCAUUCGUUGCCACGGCGAGGUCCCUCGUCAAUCUGGAUGGGGUCCUGCCGGCGCCAUCACAGGUAGCCGAGUUGCUGGCGGCAAUCCCAGUAGGGCAGCGGUGGAGGCAGGGGCCUCUGGCGAAGCUGCGGACGAUCGGCUCCAUCAAGCUCUACGAAGUCGAAGCGGGUGAUCUCACAGACGGCCUUCGGGACCUCCAGGUGGGUGACAUAGAGAGAAACACAGGAGGCCAGAGAUCACAUUGACGCCUUCUUGGCUCUGUCGGGUGUGCUCUUCUUGCUUGCAGACGUGCUUGGUUGGUCGAGGCUGCUCGAAGUCUCUGGAUCUCCUGUGCGUAGAGGUGCAUCGCAACGACUGUCAUUCGCUGAUCCUCAACGACUACUCGACAUUCAAGGCCCUCGCCUCACUGAUCGACGCGACCUGCUCGCCCUCGGGCACGGUCAGCAUCUGCAGUCACCCCUUUGCCGACGAGGAGGUGCGAGACAUCCCUCUCCCCCAUCUGCUGGCCUACACCCGGUUCGAUUUCAGCAAGCUGCCUGCCUGCGGUCUUCCACUGCUCAAUGCGCUGCUCCAGACAUACGCUGUCUCCAGACAUGCGCUGGUCUCAAUGCGGCAUGCGCUGGAUGAAAUUCUCCCCUCUGCCCGAGAAUCAAGGCGCAUGGCCCGAUCUUCUCCCAAUGCCGCUACGUCUGGACGGUCACGCAGGACCAAGUCGCCCUCCCCCAGAACGGCCCUAUCGCUCACAGCAUGCAGAGUGGGCUGGUGUUGCGAGGCAGUGGGACUGAGGGAUACAGCAUUUCCAUCGAGUGUGCGGACGGAUGGACCCCGCCACCCGAUGCGGUCCCACCUGAGCCGCCCGAGAUCGAGGCCUUCAGCCCGAUCGGGCUCCUUGCGGUGACAGGUCUGACCGUCAAGAGCCGCAUCGGGCUGGGAGUGGCCAACAUGCUGCUGAGCAAGGGGGCGCAAUGCGAUCUCGGCAACGUGCAGCUGAUGGACAUGGCGCCUGCAGACGUGCUGGACCUGCUCAAGGGCAUUCGGGCGUCGCAGAUGCCGAGCCAGGUGCAGCUCGCCUCCCUGACGCCCUCCUGGCAGCUGCCUGUGCCGCCCUUUCGACGGACGGCUGGGGAGAGUGCAGACACUCACUGCCAGAGGGGACAUCGCCAUCCGCCUGGCGGCACUCAUGAGACCCCUCAUGACCUCGCUGGACCAGCUCACCAUGUCCGGCAGUGAGACAGAGGCGCGCCAGGUCCUCAUCAGCAGAGGCUCAGGCGGCUCCCCUCGCCAGAUCAACGGCCUGAGCCUGGGCUUUGUGUCUGAGGCUGGCCGUGAGCUCAUCAAGGCUGAGGACGAGAGGGAGGGCAUCACACUGGGCGAUUACAAGGAUGACCUGCCAAGCAUCAAAAAUCUAAUCAUGCACCUAGACGGUAAGUGGCCAAGAGAUGGAAAGAAUGCGCUCCACGUCUCUGUGCCUCCGUGUCUCCAUGUCUCGGUUGUUGCAGUGCCGUCUGCCGCUGUGGUUGAUCCGGGGACCUUCAUUCUGUCGAGCAUCUGGUCGGCCCUCGAGGUAGAGUCCAUCUCUCAGCUGGGGGUCGUCCUGCCCCAGCACCCCCAUCUGGAUGCCCUCAAGGCAGCGAUGCAGCGACGAUUUGCUCCCCAGCGGAUAGCCAUCCAGCCCCAGCGGAUAGCCAUCCACGGCAUGGACACAGAAGUGCGUUACGUCAUGACGGCCGGUGCACAUCAGAUCUUCAGCUUCAUUUACCUCUCGGGAGGGCGGAUAGAGCUCUUCAUGACCGCAGAGCACAUCGCAGCGGUAAGAAAAGACACAAAUCUGGGUAGAUGCGCAUGGAGGGAAGGAGGCACCCUGUUAUUUCCUUGCAAUGUGUCUGUGUUUAUCCACCAGUUGCGCAAGGCGGCAUUUGCCUACUCGUCGACUGGCUACCUCCCCUCCCUUCCACCCGAUGCCACAGCCAAGGCGCUCGCCACCGACUUCACCGGCCGCGUGAAUGCUGCUAGCCCCAUGAGUGUGAUCGAUCCCCCCUAUACGCCUCGACCGCUCAAGGCGCCACUCAUGUCCGUCAUGCAGCAGCGCGGCCUGGCGAUGGAGCCCAUGCUGCGGCUGCAUGGCGGCAGGCCGUGUCUCACCAGCCCCUCGGUGAUCGCCUCUGCCGCUCAGCUGAUAGCCGUAGUGCAGAAGACGGGCAAGCGCAUCACAGGCCUCCAGCUGCUCUACAAGUAAGGAGCAUUGGACAAAUGUUCAGCCACCUGGCCCAUGUGCUGUGUCUUGUUCUCCUCUCUUGGCAUUGUUGCAGGGCCACUCAGCACGGGCAUGAGUACACCGGCAUGCUCGGUCGCGUGGGCGAUGCGACUGGCCUGCUGUUCCUCGUCCGCGCCAAUGGAGACAUGGACGGCUGCUUCAUUGACGAGAGUAUCCAGCCGCCUUCGCCCAUGGAGAUACACAACGGCCCACGAAUUUUUCAUGACUAUAACGCGGCCGUCCUCGUCUUCAAGGCAUCCGGCGCCUCCCCGCCCGCCUUCCAGUCGCCCUCGUUGAUCAAUCACUGCAUCUCGGUCUCGCGAGCAGACAACGAGCAACGGCUGCCGCAAGCCAAGCUGAGGGUGGGCCGGUGCAUCGGACGUCGACCCGUGUGGCUACUAGGGCUCUGGGCGCCCUGCCUUUGGGUUGGGCGCGGGGCCCGGUGGACGGGGGGGGGGCGCGACGAUGGUGCAGCUGCAUCCCAACAUCCCACCGGUUCCGGGACACAACCUUGAUGUGUUCUUUGCUGAUGAGAUUGAGGUGUUCACAGUGGGCGGGGGCGGGGAUAUGUGUGUGUGGCCAUCGCAGCAGAGGGAGGUGGUAGAGAGGCCCCCCCGGGUGUGCAACUAUGAGGGUCUGGCUGCCUGGCUGGAGCAGUACCACCCACAACUCUGUUGAAUGUGAGCUGCUUACCUCAGUAAAAAGUGUUUGUCGAUGUGAUGCGGCGAUCCAGCCAGGCAGCCAGGCAGCUAACCAUGAGCGCGCUGAGGCCAUUUUUUCUUUUUUGUUUUCUCGUUCCUGAUGGUGGUUUGAAACUCGACACACACGUUCCGCCACGUCACCUACCACACAUCCGUCCCCAGCUAGCUGGAUUCGUGUAUUGAUCCGUCCAUGGCAUGACCGGCUGGCUAUGUGAUGUGCGUCCGCUGCGUCUGCCUGCUGCCGCUCCAUCCACUCUCUGUGUGUGUGGAUGGAUUCGUGAGUCUCAUCAAUGAUACGAUCCGAUUGAUGUGUGUCGUGAUGGACAGUCAUGAUAACUCUUGAUCAGUUCAAAAG